AUGUCAAAUAAUACUGUAUUGAAGAACGCAACAUCCGCAUCUGGUGGUUCUAAUGGGGAUCAGGACGACGAGUGGUUUCUUGCCAAAUUUAUUAUAGCAUUCAUUGAUGCAAUCUGGGAGCAAAGUGAGACAUCAUCCCAGAACCGUAUACUGUGGGAUAGAUUUGGUGGAAUAACAACAUACUGCUGCUCAAUAUAUGGUGUGUCAUGUUUGGUUAUGGCGUUAAUCUUGAAUCGGACAUUGGUAAUGGCCUCCACAAAUUCAUCACGGAACCAGCAGUCAGCAAUUAGUAGACAAAGGGGUAUCCUUAACACACCAAAACUGGCGGAGCUUUUAAAGAAUAUGAGUAUGGUGAGUUUUAAGUUAUUUGCAGUAGGAUUAUUGUUGUACAAUUGCUACCAUUUAUUGGUCGCGUUGAAUCUUUACUAUCAUACCAGUGUAACGCUGGAUGCUUCUAUACCAUGGUUUCAUGUUUUAGUGCCGGAUACCAUCUUUGAGUACAGUCCAGAUGUCUUUAAUUCAAACAGGUAUAUGGCAACACCGAAAGAUCAAGUGAAUAUAGGACCAACUACCGAUAUGUACUGGCCUAUUUUUCUUGGAUUCUGUUUCCUGCUGUUCAUAGAAACGUUUGUUUCCGUAGUACAAGGUAAACAGCCUUAUACUGAAUCGGGAAUUACUAUUUUUGAGCAUUCCUUAGCGUUCCAAGAAGUCAGUUCAACUGGUUUCUUCGGUAGUUCCCGUCUCUACAAAAGACCUACAGAACAAGUCUUAAUCGCCUGCAUUUUCCUGACAUUGAAUCAUCUUAAUAUACAUAUUGGAGGUCUAUUAAACAAUAAUAGAUACAGGCUUAUCCCGCUGUCGAUAAUCGGAUUGGCCUUUUUGACAUAUUUCGUAUCGUGUUUUACUAAUGGAAAUAUAUGGAAAUUUCCAACUAUCAUAAUAAUGUCUUUCGUACCUCAAGUUCUUAUUAUGCUGAUAAUUUUUGUAUCAGUAUUUAUAUUUUCGAUGGCUGUACUCGCAAAAGGCUUUCAAUUACAGGAUUUGAAUUAUGCAAGCUUUUUACUUUAUGAAAAUAAUGAAAGCGAUUCAGAAUUUAGAACAAGAAAUUUGAACAUUAAUUUGCAUGAUGAUUUUUAUACGGCAUUGUUGAAUCUUGGUAUGCUAGCAAUCACACUGGCAGGUAAAUCAAGCUAUAUUACAGAGCUUAGUCUUGUUACAGUUGAUGAAGACACAUGGAUAGAAAGAAGCAUUUGGCAAAAGCUCAAGUAUCAAGCCAAAUCAGUUGCAAGCUUGCAAGCAAAAUUAAACACCAAUAAUGUAACGGACUACUUAAAAGAGAAUAAGAUCUCAGGUUAUGGAAACAUGAUAAUGACACCUUCAAAACGCUUGAUUUCAGGAGAGCGUACUGAUUUAUUCAACGAUGAUACAUCUGAUUUAAAAAAUUCCAAAUCUAUCAGUGUUUUACGUAAGAGAAUUCUUUUCCUCAAAGAAAUUGUAUCUGAUCUUAUACAAUUAUUAUAUGGAUUGAUUAUUGAUUCCUUUUUGCUAUAUUUCAUACCGAAAAAGUUCAGUCAUUAUGUGUUACGUCGUCAGAACAGAGAAAAUACCAAUAUCGACGAAACCGACGAGGAAUUCGAAAGAAGAAAAAGAAAGACCCCAGCGUUUUUACGCCCAUACAUCAAGAGGAAUGCGAAAAGCCUUACGAAAGUUCAUUUCGACCAGAAAGAGGUUAUACAAAGUCAAUCAGUAGAUUUGAAUGACUACAGUGAAGAGCAAUUAGCUCAAAAUUAUAUAUCUUUAUUACUCGAAAAGGAAUUAUCAGAGAUUGAUGAUUCAGAAGAUUACUACCAAACUAACCAUUAUGAACUGGACCUAGAGGAAGAAUCUGACAUUGAGUCUAUAGACAUAUCAUCAUCUACAACAGUAAGUGGAAAUCGUGUGAUAGAUGAUGUUUCUCAUACGUUGAUUGACGAAUUAUUAUCCCCUGAAGAGUUCCAAAAUUUAUUCAGCUCUGCUAAUGUUGACAUUUUGCAACGUCACUUGAACCAUGACUCUCAGACAAGUGGUAUAUUAACUAGGUCCAAAUUCAACUCUCUCACCUCCGGCAUCGCCAUACAAGAAAGUACUUUAUCCAGCCAAGAUGAAAUAUCAAAACUAUUGGAAUUGAUCUUGAAUAAAAGAAAAUCCCAACUAGAGGAUUUAUCAUCUGAUAAUUCGAAUAGACAUACUGAUGACUACGAUCUUAAUUCAAAAUUAGAUUGUGUUAUUUGCCAAACUAAUGUCAGAGAAAUUAUAACAUGGCCUUGUAAAUGUUUCGCUAUUUGUGAAUCCUGCCGUUUAAGUUUAAUUUCCAAAGGCAUCGAAGGCUGUGUUUGUUGUCGUAGAGAUGUUGAAGGUGUGUCUAAAGUAUUUAUACCGUGA